AUGGCAAGAAAUUACAAUCUGAUGCCAGAUGAAGCCGACUACGAGGUGUGCCACAACUCGAUAUUGUUCAGACGGUAUCUGCGAGAAAAUUUACCUAACAUCCGGGUUGUGGAUCAAUUCGAGGAGCGAAUCUCGCUACAAGUGGAUACCAGUACAAUGGCGUUGUUUGAAACGAUUCUGAAGAUGCUGCUGCAAGCCCAUCAAAGCGGUGCGAUCGAGGAUUUCAGCGUCAGCAGUCCAACUUUGGAACACGCCUAUUUUGAGCUAGCAAAGACACAGCUCCGAGGGACCAACUCGAUGACCACCUGAGCAUUCACUGGAAUAAUCAAUCACACAAUCACCGUGAAAGCUUUUUCUCUGAACUGCUUCCUUUACGAACUCGAAUUUCACCUGCAUCUUCUGCUCUCUAUUUCCUCAAUGUAUGCAAACACAUUUUAGGAUGCAUAUCUUCCAGUCGAUCCAGUUGGUCCUUCAAGGAGAACCGCUACUUGCCUCUGUCUACUAAGUUCAUAUGCUCCAUGUUGAUGUAAUACUUCUCUUCCUUGAUGUCUAUUUCUUUAUUGUCAAGCACAUCUGUAGAAACGAUCUAUUUUUUGAUCUGUGUGUGAUAUUAUGUGAACAUUUAACCUAAGUUUCUGGUUAAAUAAAGCCACUUCAAUAGCAGAAGGAUCAGUCUUUGUUUUUUGGUUAGUCCCUUCGGC